AAUAGGCGCUAAAAAUUUAAGCAUCGAAAAUUGAUAUAGAAUCUCUCAUAGUAGUUUUUGGAAGACCUCCUUAAACCUCAUAAAAGACGCUUGUAUUUUUCACAAGUGCCAUGAAUUGGGAAGGACAAGCGACAUAUACGAUUAUUUGACCAUUUUCCCGCCACAGGGAGCUGUAGACGGGGAAACACAGCUCGCAGAAGUUUGCUUCAGAAUCCUGUAUCUGCCUUUUGCUUUUAUUGUGGUAACCAGAGUUUGAAUCAAUAAGGAGAAGUCAUGGCAGGGGUAACUCAAUGGAUAAUAAACUAUACGAGGCAUAAGUCACAAAAGAGAAAAGUUUACCAUGAGGGAAAAAUUGUACUAGAGUGCUGUAACACAAAUCAGAGGAAGGUUCUCUUAUAUGACGAUUUUGGAAAGCUUUUGGAUUAUAGGUUCCUAAGGAAUAAUGAGGAAGUGGAAAUUGGUAAAAGCCUAGAAUUUGAUAGUUCUCUUGUUGAGAUUUAUGAUACCAUUGAAAAGGAACCAUGUUCUCUGGGCAUAAAUAAUGAACAGAAAGAGAUCCCAUUAACAAAGAAAGGAUUUCUCCACAAAGGAGUUCGUGAAUGUCCAAUUUUUCCAAGAGUUAAAGUGGUUGAAGAAACAAAGAAAUUGGGACAGCAGUUCAAUCAAGGUGAAGUCAACAUGAAGGAUUCAAAUUUGGAAGAAUGGCAUGUUGUAUAUACAAAACAAAAGAAACAAAAGAUGAAGAAGUACAAUGAUGGAGUACUUCGUCUUUUAGUUUUGGGUGCACGACAAAGACAGGUAAUUUUAUUGACUGAAGAUGGGAAGGUUUUAGAGAAGAGAUAUUUUAAUUGUCAAGAAGAUAUUGAAAGCAAUUGCACACUUGAAUUUGAGGAAUAUCUCGUUGAUGUGGGUGAGCCAAAAGUUUGUCAAACAGUUUCAAAGACCUCAGUGACAAGUUCAAAUGAAGCAAUAUCAAUUUUUGAUGCUGGGCCUUCAAAAGCUGAUAACACAUUGAUAUGGAGCUCUAAGGAUGUUAGUGCACAAUAUGCAAAGGACCUUGAGAACAAUACUUUUAGAAAGGAUAUCCAUGAAAGAAGUAAAAUUGGUUUGGACUGCAACAAACAUAUGGAUAAUGGCAAAACUGACAGAGAACCAAUUCGAACUGUAAACCAGAUUUUGACAGUUUUGAAAAUGCCGAAAAAGGACAAAAUUCAUGAUGCCCCAAUUGCGAAUCCAAUUCCGGAAUGUUCUAUAUCACCAAAAAUAGCAGAGUGCUUUGUUCCUAAUAUUUUUGAGGAAACUAGCAAGCAAGGAGCCCAGUCUGAAUACUCAUAUAAAGAAAGAGUCCCUGAAUAUGAUGUCAACAAUGAGGGUAGUUCUUUAGAAUCUGGGAAAGGAAUUCAUGUAGAUAAACGUCUAUCUCAAGGAUCGUCAAUGGAAUCUGUAAAAUCCAUCUCAUUUCCAACUAUAAAAUCAGUGAAGCGUUCAAUAAGGCGUUUUCAAGCCCCAACGAUAGAAUUUAGUUCUAGCAUACACCAUCUUGUAUUUCCUGAAAUAAAUGCUGUACAAAAGUUUCGACAGGCCUUUAUACCAAAAACAUUUACAUCUCUUUCAGCCUAUCGACAUAUAAUGUCUUCAGCAGUUUAUGAUGAGAUAAACCUUACUCUGUUUGAUAUUGGAAAUGAGUUCCACAAAGCAAAACAAAGAAUUUCACAUCUUAAUAAACAAAGUCCACUUUGUGAGCAUGGAAGAGGAAGACUACAAAGUGUCAAAAAGGAUGGACCUAACAAAGGACGAUUAUUCUAUGGAUGCCCGUUGCAAGUAGAAUCUUGCUUGUUUACUUGGGCUGAUAAAAGAAAAGUAGAGAUAGAUAAUUCUGAAAGAUUUGAUGAUUGGUCAACUGAUGAGAUGGAGCAUGCAUUUAGCUGCUUCCAUGUAGAUUUAUACACAAAUUGUGAGAUGUUUACCCGGAAGGUUGGAAAUUCUUUUUCUAAGAAGAGAAGGCAUGUUGAAUAUGAAAAUGGGGAAGAGGUUUUUGCACAUAAUAAAGCUUCCACCUACUUGAAGUUGGGCAGCUCAAGGAAUCACAAAAGAUCAAGUCACUCAAAGGGUGAUCUUUGGAUUAUAAGUUCAAAUAUCAAUUUUAGUAAAGAAAGAAGGGAGGACUUUCUGAUUUUUGCAGUCAGUGAUUAUCACGGGCCUUCAUCAGAUGGUAUUCUAGAGGUUGUACGCCUUGGAGGAAAACCCCAAAAUUUGCCAGUGAAGAAAGCUUUCUCCUUACAUGGUCCUUGUAUCCAAUCUGAGCUCACUUGGCUUAAUAUUCUAAGGGACAUGCACACUCCUAGCAUGCCAUUGCUUCCUCUCCUUCUACAACCCUACAAAAAUCCAACACAAAUUUUUUCAAAUAUAGAGGUUGAAAAAUUGGCAGAUCAAUUUAUUGCAAAAUAUAACUUAAAUGAAGAUCAGGCCAAAGCUGUCCACCUUGUUGCAAAAUGGUUCAGGAAAUCCUCUGAUACAAAUUCAGGAAUGCUAUCAUCGGAGCCGGAAAUAUGCCUCAUACAUGGAAUUUUUGGGUCUGGAAAAAGUUACCUUCUGACGGUCAUUGUGAUCUUUCUCACAAGUGUUUCAAAGAGAUGGAACGGGCAAAAAAUGAGAAUCUUAAUUUCUGCUGCAACCAAUGUUGCAAUAGACAGGGUUCUAACAGGAUUAUUGGAGCUUGGUUUCAAUGACUUUAUCAGAGUUGGAAGCAUUAAAAAAAUUGCAAGAAAUAUUUUUCCGUACUCAGUUUAUGCUACAUCAGAUGCAAAUUAUGUUGAGGAUAUAGCCCUAAAAGAGAUGCAAGAGAGACUGAAGGAAGCAUCUUCAUAUGAGAAAUUGGAAAUUGAAGAGGAGAUAAAAUCCUUAAGAAAUGGUAAGAUGGCUCAUCGGAGAGAAAAAUUGAAAGAUGGUAAGGUGGUUGGUGUCACUUGUUAUUCAACAAUCAACCCAAUCUUGAAAGGCAACAAAUUUCAGAUUUGCAUUCUUGAUGAGUGUGCACAAAUACCAGAACCCCUGAGCUUGCUUCCUCUUUCUCAGUUUGGCUGCCUCAAGCUUAUUGCUGUUGGCGACCCUACUCAGUUGCCUCCGGCUUUGCUAGGGGGAUCAGAUCUUUGUGAUAGCAAAAACACAGAAACAACUGGCGACGGCAUAAGACAUGGGAAGAAUUUCUCAUUUGAACGAUAUGAAAAUGAAUCUGAAGGAUCUGCUUCCUUCCAUGAUCUCAGAAGUUUCAGAUCAUUAUUUGUUCGAUUGGUGGAAAUGGGAUAUGAGCCAAUAAUGCUCCGCACACAAUAUAGAUGCCAUCCAAGGUUGAUACAUGUACCUAAUGAGUUAUUCUAUGGAGGAAGGAUAAUGAACGGCUGCAGGGAGAUAGAUCGGCCUCCUCUUCUGCCAGGAUUACCACCUUUGUUGUUUUGGGAUACGUGCACUCAUGGCAAUGAAGUAAAAGAUUCUUUCAAGAGUUACAGUAAUCUGUAUGAAGCGAAAAUAGCAUGUGAAUUGAUCAAUAUGAUGUUAGAGAAUGGCAUUCCUGGCUGUAGUAUUGGUGUAAUUGUUCUCUACAAGUCACAGGCAUCACUUGUUCAGGAACUUCUUUUUCAAGGUUGCCACCUUAAAGGGGGAAAAAUCUGCAGAUCAAAAUCUAGCAAAGUCUCAGAGAACAAGCAAUUGGGAACUUCAAAGGUCUGUAAAGAUGGCAACCCAGAGAAAGAUAGAAAUGUGGUUGAAGAUGUACAGAUAUCGACUGUUGAUGCAUUUCAAGGAAUGGAAAAAAACAUAAUUAUACUGUCUUGCUGUCGAACUAAUGGUUUAGGUUUUCUGUUAUCACCUAACCGUCUAAAUGUAGCUCUGACAAGAUCUCGGCACCAUUUAAUUGUUGUUGGAAAGGCAUCAAACUUGAAUAGUAGUCCAAUGUGGAAAAUUUUUCUCUCCGAUGCUGCAAGUGGGUCAGGAUCAUAUAUUUCAACAUCACCACUAGGUUUGGAGGUUGUUAUAGACAGCAUGAGAAAGCAUAUAUCUGGAAAGAACGGGAGCCAUAGAGAAAGUGUUUCUCAUCUGACAUCGAUUGAAGAACAAACCAAUUCUAACAAAACUCCUGAUGUGGAUGUUCUAAAUGCACUACAGAUUCAAUUUGACAAUGAAGAAAAGAGCACUACUCAAAUUGGGGAUGCCUUACAUGCUUCAGAUCUACUCCAAGGAGUUGCUGGUGAGGAUGAUGACUCUCAUUUGUGUGUGAAUAAUGACAUUGAUAUGACUGAUCUUGUGGAGAGUGGAUGUGCAAGUCUGAUCAACAACUACCAUGACGAUCUUCAAAGAAGUGAUGUUGGGCAAUCUCAAACUGCGCAUGCCGAUAGCAUGGAAUGUGCUCAUGCAAAUGAGGAUCGUUCUGAUUUUAAAUGUGGUGAAACUGAGAAAUUUGUUUUGAGUGACGCAACUGCAGGAUUGCUAAAAACUGGACCUAUGUCUGAUUUUGGCAUAGCAUGUAUUGAAAGACUAGAUAGAGACUAUUUACCACAGGUUAAGCAAGCUGAAGGAGAUUGCAAGCUGAUCUAUGGCAGUGCUUCCUUUGCAAGUGAGCAGUGUCGAAAUGAUUUUGGUAGAGAAUAUGAACAUGAAGCCAAAGACUCUGAUGGUGAUGAUGCCAGUGGUAAAUGCAACGAUGUUGCCCCCAACUCUAAUUUAGGUUUAUUUACAGACUAGGAAUUAGUAUUCUAAUUGAGCAUCAUAGUGUACAUUUAUAGUGAAUUAUUAUACAAAGGUAAAAAUUCUAGAAUAAUAUACUUUGCCAAGAUCAUUUGGUACAGUCCUAUCUCUUAUGUGUGAUUACUGUCAAUGUUAAGUAAAACAUUUUGAUCAAGAUAAGCAUGCAAAGAAAAAUGUUGAUUCUUUCAAUGUUGAAGAGGAGGAAUCCUGAAUCAUAUUUCGAUUUAAAAAGGUUCUAUGCAUUCUCUUAAGUAAAAAAUCUCACUAACUUUUAUAUCAGUUAUUUUCGCUGCCUAUGUCCAGGGGUUUUGUAUUCACUUCAAUUUUUGAAGCACAUAAGAAUCCUGAUUCUUAUUUCAAUUUAAAAAGGUUUUGUUCAUUGUCUUAA